AGGAAGAGGAGCGGCGGCGGCGGCGGGCAUGGCGGGCAUCGGAGGGGCGCCGGCCGGGCCGCGGGUGCUGGUGGUGGGCGCGGGCGCGGCGGGGCUGGGCGCGGCGCAGCGGCUGCUCGCCUCCCCGCGCUUCGCCCACCUGCGCCUGCUGGAGGCCUCGGGGCGCGCCGGGGGGCGCAUCCGCAGCGCCGCCUUCGGCAAGGGCGUGGUGGAGGUCGGGGCGCAGUGGAUCCACGGGCCCUCCGAGGGGAACCCGGUUUUCCAGGUGGCCUCGGAGGCCGGCUUGCUGGACGAGGAGGCCCUGACGGAAGAAAACCAGCGGCUGGAGGUGCAGGGCCACCCGGUGGGGCCCGUGGCCUGGUACUCCAGCCAGGGCCGGGAGCUGAAGGCCGAGCUGGCCGAGUCCAUGGGCGUCUUCUUCGCCAGUCUCCUGGAGGAAGCGCGCCAGUUCUUGCAGGCGGACCAAGUGCCGGUGCCCAGCCUGGGGGAGUACCUGAGAGACGCCAUAGCCAAGAAGCUGGGAGAGUCGCCGGAGGAGGAGGAGACCAGGCGCCUCAAGUUGGCCCUGCUCAGCGCCUACUUCAAGAUGGAGUGCUGUGUGAAUGCGACGGACAGCCUGGACGAGUUGGCUCUGGGGCCCUUUGGAGAGUACCUCAUGCUUCCUGGCCUGGACUGCACCUUUCCCGAUGGUUUUCAAGGCCUCACGGACCACCUCCUGGCCUCUCUCCCCAAAGGGACGGUGCUGUUUGAUAAGCCGGUGAAGACAAUUCAUUGGGGAAGGUCCCACUCGGAAGAGGCCUCCACAGGCCGGUUCUUUGGCGUGCAGGUGGAAUGUGAAGAUGGAGAGAAGUUCUUAGCAGACCACGUCAUCGUUACGGUGCCUUUAGGCUUCCUCAAAGAACACCAGGAGUCCUUUUUUUGCCCUCCUCUCCCAUCCCAGAAGGUGGAAGUAAUACACCGUUUGGGUUUUGGGACCACCAAUAAAAUUAUUCUGGAAUUUGAGCAGCCAUUCUGGAAGCCGGAUGUCGAAAUAAUUGAGGUGGUGUGGGAAAACGAGUCCCCUCUGGAGGAGCGUCCUGCUGACUUGAAAAACACCUGGUUCCAGAAUAUUGCCUGCUAUAUUGUUCUCCAGCCACCUGAGAGGCACGGCCACAUACUUUGCGGCUUCAUUGCUGGAAAAGAAUCUGAAUUUAUGGAAACCCUGUCAGAUUCUGAAGUUCUUACAACUUUGACUCAAAUAUUUCGUAAAGCAACAGGAAAUUCACAUCUGGCUCCUCCAAAGAACAUACUGAGGUCCAGGUGGCACAGCGAACCUUACACCAAGGGGUCCUACAGCUACAUCGCUGUGGGAAGCUCUGGGGAUGACAUUGACCUACUUGCUCAGCCCCUCCCUGAGGAGGCCUCUGAUUCCAAGAUUCCCCCUCAGCUCCUCUUUGCAGGAGAGGCCACCCAUCGCUCCUUCUUUUCCACCACCCACGGGGCCUUGUUGUCCGGCUGGAGAGAAGCCAACCGCCUCAUCCGUCUCUACGACUCACUCCAGGCUCCGUGUGCAAGGCUGGAGAGUAGCAGUUGACCACACGGCACCUUUUUCUGUGCUGGUUUUCUCACCAAAGACCAAGAAACAAGUUAAACUAAUUAAACAAGUUAAACUAAUUAAAACAAUUAUUUUACUUAGUCUGA